AUGGAUAACCUCGCACAGAUCGAAACAAUUAAACAGAAAAUUCGUACAGCAUCCACAGCUGCCACGACGGCACUACAUAAGCUUAUCUUUGAAGAGGAAGGUGAUCGCAGAAACCGACAGCGUAUCAGAGAUUUUCAAGGAUUCACUUUCCAAAAAAAUACGACUGAAUAUGCGGAGAAGCUUGAAUUCGGACGAGGACUUACGAUCGGUGAUUUGAUAUCGUGCUGCAACAUUCUUGGCUUAGAGUACAACGGAAGCAAGGAAGAGAUAAUUGCAAGAAUCGUAAAUGGACUAAUGAACUUGAAUACACUCGCACCCACUUGUGACGAAGAUGACGGUGAAGAGGAGGACGACGAGAACGAAGAAGAGGACGAAACAAGCGAGGAAAUGAAUGAUGAAGAAGACGAUAAU